UAUUUAUUCACUUUUCUUCUUCUCUGACCAAAAUCAAAAUUUGUUCGAUUCUCAUUCUUCUUCUCACAGUCGUAAACCCUAAAAAAAAAACAGAGAAAUCAAAUUUCAAUCUCGAAGGAUCUACAAAGAAGCAUGACGACCGGAGAUCUCGUUAAUAUCCAUCCUACUGAGCUUAAAUUCCCCUGUAAGUUUUUUUUUUCCGAUUGAUUUGAUCCCUCUCGGAUUCAUUUCACCUUUUUUACGUUUUCGAUUCUCCGAAUUGAACCGUCGUUGUUUGUUUGGGUAACCUCUGUUAUAAUUUGUGUUGUUGUUGGUGGUGAGAAGUUGAGUUGAAGAAACAAAGUUCGUGUUCGAUGCAAUUGACCAACAAGACAACUACUCAAUGUGUCGCUUUUAAGGUUAAAACAACCAAUCCUCGCAAAUACUGUGUUCGUCCUAACACUGGUGUUGUCUUGCCCGGUGAUUCCUGCAAUGUUACAGUGACGAUGCAAGCCCAGAAAGAGGCACCACUUGAUAUGCAAUGCAAAGACAAGUUCCUUGUUCAGACUGUUGUUGUCUCUGAUGGUACUACUUCCAAAGAAGUCCUCGCUGAAAUGUUCAACAAGGAGGCUGGUAGAGUGAUUGAGGAUUUCAAACUGCGAGUUGUUUACAUUCCUGCUAAUCCUCCUUCACCUGUCCCUGAAGGUUCUGAAGAAGGCAACUCUCCUAUGGCUUCCCUCAACGAUAUUGCCUCUCAAUCUGCCUCACUCUUUGAUGACGUGUCAAGAACGUUUGAAGAAACAAGUGAGAAAUCUUCAGAGGCAUGGUCUAUGAUUUCCAAAUUGACGGAGGAGAAGACUUCUGCUACUCAACAAAGUCAGAAGCUCCGUCUCGAACUGGAAAUGCUGAGGAAAGAAACAAGCAAGAAGCAGUCGGGUGGUCAUUCCUUGCUCUUGAUGCUGCUGGUGGGUCUGCUCGGUUGCGUGAUUGGCUACUUAUUGAACCGGAUAUAAACGCCAUGGGGUUAGCUUCAUCAUCCUUUUAAUCAUCAAAUCUUGCAAAGUUCUUAAGAUUUUUGACCAGAUUUUCGUAAAAUGGAGGUGGUUUUUUUUUAAAAGUUUCAUAUUUAAGCUGUAAAAUCAGUAGCUGUAGCACAGGAACAGGUGUGAUUUUGUGGCAGGUUUCUUGUUAUUGAUUUAAACACACUUUCGAGUCUGUAGUAAGAUCUCAAGAGUCGUUCUUAUGAUUGGAAUUAAAUCAGAUUGAUUAAGAAAACAAACGCAUCAUACAAAGUAGAAAGAAAACAGUUACAUGUUUUAGUCUUGGAAGUCUUCUUUGGGCUUGGUCUUUGUCUUUCGAUAUCUUUCUUCCAUCUGCAUGCCCAUGGAAUAAGCUGCUUGAGCCACCUUUUCUAUGUUUGGAACGUUGUAGCUCUGCGCUAUAUAUAUCCCCCAGAUGGUUCCGCAGACGAAUGAGAAGUAGCUUCUUAUAAACCCCAUUUUCAACACCAGAUUAGAUUAGCCUAAGCCACUGGGUGGGUUUCUCUAAUAUAUAGAGCCACGUCUAUGUUUAUCUUUUACUUCUUCUCCAAGGGGUUUGUUUACAAGUUCAUUUAUUUCCUCAAGGGAAAAGUUAAACUUUUUCUCCAAGGGUCAACUCCUUAAAUCUCGCCAUCUAUAAAAGUCUAUCAGAUAUUAUAUGAAUGUGUCGUUUUCGAACAGCAACAACUGUAUUUUUGAGUGAUCGGAAAAGAUUUUCCAAA